GUUGUGGUUGCCCGAGGCCGCCCGUGCGCUCGUCGCGCGCAAAGUCGCGCGUGUCCCUACAAAGUGGUGAGACGCGUAGUGGUAGCAAAGGGAGGGUAGCGAAAAGUGGUGAGAUUGUUUUCGUUCGUUUUAUGUUUUGCUGACAUGUUGUUGUCUGAGCUGUAACUCAGAUGCUUCGUGAAACUUGUUGCGGUAUGAAACGGUGCCAGCUUUCGGCACAAAUCUUCACUCGUGACUUGUGGCAACUGGUAGGUGAAGACUGAUCCGUCUUUGGAUGAAGUUCGGUGAGGACGGAGUGAUAUGGAGCAAGCGUAAAGGUGGAGUGACGACGCUGCCGAGACGGAGCGCAAGCCAGCGUCAGCGUGGCGCUAGGCGGAGUCAGUGGUAGCGCUGCGGAGGUGCAGUGCUAGCGACAGUGUGGCGGUGGGCGAGCAGUGAGGAGGUGCGGGCCGGGGCUGCGCUCGGUGAUUGACCAUGCCGUUCUAUCUGCGACACAUUUCCCCGCUGCAGCUGUGCGAUGGCCGGCCUCUGCCCGGUCAGGGUGAUGGCGGGGAUGAGAGCUGCGCCGCUGCCAACGCAGCGCUCACCACUGCGCUGCACCAGCUCUCCAGUCUGGUGCUGGCGGCUGAGGAUAUUUUCGAGGAGCUGCACGACAGCUUUGUGACCGUCUCGGACCGAGCUCAGGUCCUGCGGAACCGCGUGGAGGUGGUCCGACGCAAAGUGGUGCAGCUCAAGAACACAGACACGCCGAUACCGGAGAGCGAUCUGUGCACGUUCAGCCAGCGGACACACCACUUCAGCAGCGUUCAGGAGGCGCCCGAUCGGGACAUGUUCACGGCAGCCAGCCGGCCGUCGGCCAUCCGUCGGCUGUACCGACGGGCCGUGCUCAGUCCGGUCACCGUACUGCGGCAGCUCGACACGUUCAGGAACGACGGUUUGCGCAGUUCAAAGUUCUUCUCUUGCACGCCUACCUACCGGCCGGCGGCAGAGAGGGCGGUGCCGCUGGACAUCGAGACGCGACGGCCGGAGGCGUUUGAGCUGCUGCCUGACUGGAGUGGGGACGAGGAGGAGCUGAUAUCGCCCGUCCAUCCCGACAACCGGCUCGGAACACUGCCCAGGCCGUUGUCAGAGGCGGCCGGCCGCCGACUGCCCAGUCCGGACCGGCUGACCCGCGCCCGGACUCGUCGCUUUCCGGCCCAGGUGAUUCCGCUGGAUGUCACCGGUCACAGCUUCGAGAGGCAGCUCCAGUUCCGCCGGUCGCUGGUGCAGUACGAGUACGUGAAGAAGCGGCGGAGAAAACGCUCCAAGCAGCGACGAAACACCAUCGGCAGCUCGAGCGACCUGUCCAGCGCGCUAGAGGACGUCGGGUCUGCAAGCUCGACAGCGGUGACAGCGGCGGCCGGCCGACAGGUCCCCACAGACGACCGGCAGACACAGACGGAACCCCGGCCCGGGCCCGGAACAGCACCUGAACAGAGAGUUCCGCGAGCCGCCAUGGCCGACGUGCAGCUAUCGCGAGUCGACGGCGGCGACCACCUUGGUCGGCAGAGGAAGCUGGCGUCUCCCGAGCCGUACGUUGCCACCGCCGGCUGGCCGGGGCCGGCUGUGCGCCGCCGUCCCGCCGCCGCCGCCGCUGUCUCUGAGGGCUCUUCCAGCGGGCGGGGCAGCAGCGGCGGCUCCGACCUGACCUCGGCAGAGACGGAGCCGCGUGUCGUGUCGCCGGCCGACUCCGGCACCGCUAUCUCUCCGGCUGAUGAGGGUCUCGGCUCGCCGCGCCGACGGCCCGCAUCGCCGGCUGACUCGGGGCUCUCGGACGGUGGAAGGGCAGACGAGAGUGGCUCCAGUGAGCACACCGUCACACCAGAGUACGGAGACGGAGACACCAGCUCCGUCUUCUCCUGUGACGCUGAGGGAUACUACACCUCCUUCCAUAUCGACAGUGGCCUGCGGGGAGCACCACAGCUGCCGGCGCGGCCGGACAGUCGCAGCUCUACACUGAGUGCGGGCUCUAGUGGGACGGCUCCGCGCUGCCGGCCCCCACCACCGCCGCGCGCCAGCUCUUUGGACUCUUGGCGGAGAGAGGGCGCCCCGCCGACGGGCUCCGCGCGGACCCGCUCCCCUGGCGGUGCCUCCCAGCGCUCGGGCGGUUCAGAGACAGAUGGCGAGCAGUUCCGCAGUCGCACCGCGCUCACCACCGGCCGCAUCCCGUCACUGUGUGUGGUGACUCCUCCGGCGAGCGAGGACGGCGAGCGUGGCUCUCCGGGCCGGCGAGCCGGCUCGACCACCAUCGACUCUGACCGGGAGAGAACCCCGCGCCCCGAGGACGGCAGCAACUCCGGCUGGGUGGGCGACGGCCGGCCGCCCAAGGCGCCCUGGGGCGCGCCGCUCUCCGACUGGACGGGCAGCGAUACGGGUGACAGCAGCGGCAGCGCGCGCACGCCGCCACUCGUCCGGCCAGAGGCGGAGGGAGAGGAACACAGCGGCGGUCCGGCGCGAGCCCGGGAGGCGGCUCCCUCGCCCGACUCGACGUCUCUGUCCCGGCUCAAUGGGAGUGAGUCGUGGUGCAGCAGUUCGCACAGCCUGCUCUCGACUGCCGACCUACCGCGCCAGAUGGCAGCGCUCGCAGUAUCGCCCUCCCGACCGACUGCGCGCUACGCCGGCUGCCCCGAGAUGCCCGUGUACGACGCGCCGGUGCCGGUACGACCGGCCGUACCGCAGUACCAGUACCGGUACCCGUACCAGGGCCGGCCCGGCUCGUACAGUGCCCCGGCCUCGCCGAUGACGGGUCCGCGCGCCCUGCCCCGUCAGUUCCCGGCGCCGGUUGGUACGGACGACCGGCAGCCGACCGACGCCGGGGUACGGUGUGCCGCUGAGCCGGCGGCGGCGCGGCGAGCGUCAGUGGCCGGAGCCACGCCGUCCUCGCCGCCGUGGGCGCCGGCCGAGGAGCUGAGUAGGCGGGUCUCGGACUCGGCCGCCUCGUCACCAGUGAUGUCGCGCUCUGGAUCUCUGGAUAGACGCGCGGUAAGGCGAUACACCGCCGCCGCCGCCGCGCGGAUCUACUCCAGUCUCCGGCUGCUGCGAGGAAAGAAAGACUCUGCAUCCACCGCUUCUGUCACGGACGGAGAGUCGGUGCAGGAGCUGGAUGCCGUCCAAAAUGAGACCGAUCGGCGGGUACCGGCGCCUGGCUCUGCGCCGGUGCAGUACCAGCGCGGCCCGGCCAGCUCCCUGCCGCCGUCCGGGGACAGACCACAGCCUCAGCCUCAGCCGGCGCCCGUGUACCAGCGUCCCACGGGCACACCACAGCCAGCGCCGCCGCAGCAGCACGUGUUUCGACACCCGAGUCCGAUGCCUCAGCAGCGCCGUCCGCCGGAGCAGCGGUACACGCUGAGACAGUACGCCCAGCUGGUGGCCACCUACCGGCAGCAGCAGGAGCUGUACGAGCGGUACCAGCAGGCUCAGCAGCAGCAGCAGCAGCAGGCGCAGCAGCAGGACCCGGCGCGCCGGCUGAGUGCGCCGCUGACGGCUCCGCGCGGCCCGCAGCAGUGGCAGGCGGAGGGGCAUUACCAGAGCCCUCCGCUGUGGCCCCGUCAGACCUGGGUGCCCUCGCCGAGUCCGUCCGACCCUCAACAGGAGGCUGAGCGGCGUGUCAGCCUCAGUCGCCAUCAACAGCCGAGCCAGGAUCGACUCCUGCCGCAGACGCCAGUCGGACCGCCACAGGGCCGACCGCUGCCCGACGUCCCACCUGCUGCCUCAGCCGGCCCGCAGCCACCUCCAGCGACCGCCAGCCAGCAGUCGCCCAGACCACAGAGCCGCUCUCCGUUCGGUUUCGGUCGCUACAGCCUGCGAGUGCGCGGCUCGGAGCCGGUUGUGCAGGAGCAGCGCCGGCCGGCUGAGGCCGAGCAGGUUCCAACGAGCCCCGAGCGUCGGCAGCAGACCGACAGCACGCCAGCUGAGGAAUCGCACAAGACGAAACGACACAAGAAACGCUGGUUUUUCACUCUUCCCGGAAAGAGUAAGAACAAGGACAAGAGAAAAUCGAAGACGGAUGAGAGCUCAGAUGAUGACGGCGGAUUCGCUCCGACCAACGGUGGCGGGUCCAGUUUCGUUCGAUACGAGGCACCCGACUCCGUGUCGUCAGGCGUGUCAUCACGUGCCUCCACGCCGCUCACAGAUGCCUCUGUCUCUUCCUCUUACUUUGAGAUGGAGCAGUACUUCCCGUCGCUGAACACAAGUCACGGCAGCGGACCACCGGCGCGGCCGCUCUCAUCCCUCUCCGAAGACUCACGCAGUCUCCGCUGCCAGUUGUCCCCUCAGAUGCGCGCUCCGCGGCCGCCCAACUUCUCCGACCUCGAGUACAGUCCCCCGGAGGCGGCAGCAGCAGCAGCGGCAGCCGAGUGGCGCAGGCAGGGGCCGGGCGCGCCGGUGGCUCAGUCCCCGCGGCUGCCCGGUCGGCAGGGUCCUUUACCCCCUCCGCCGCCGCCGGCCCCUCUCUCCCCGAGGUCUGUGGUCGGUCAGCAGCAGCGUCAGUGGGCAGCAAACCAUGUGUCCCGGCCUACCCCCGGCGGGUCCCAGAUCUACGGCAGUCCGACGGUGUUCGCCCGGCCUCGCGGACCUCCGACGGUCGGCGCUGGUCGCGGCUGGUCACCGGUCGCUGCGCCCCGUCUCAGUGAGCCCGGCCAGCGUGCCAGCUGGGCAGCCAGCGGCGGCGGCGGCAGCCCGCGAGCCGCUCCGGCCGGCCAGCGCAGCAGCUGGUCGGGCGGACCCCCUGCACCGCGCUCCCCGGCAACUCGGAACCAGCUCACGAGACCCACUCCGCUCAACGACUUCAAGGAGCUGAUCGCGCGCCAGGGUCGCUCGCCGGCCGGCGGCGCGCCAGGCCGUGGGUCGGCCACGGAGAGGCUGCGAGCCGCCGCUGCUGCAGGCACCCCCGCCUCUCCGGCGGCCAGCCCGGCGUCCCAGUCACCGCUGGACGCUCGGAACUCGGCGCGCGCCGUGCUGUUCCAGAACCGAUUCGGUGGUCGUCGCGGCCGGCCGCCGGGUACCAGUGUCAUAGCGACUACUAUACCGGAGACUGAGGAUGAACUGAGCGAGGAGCCGCCCCCGCCACAGCCGGCCGGCCCGCCCAGCCGCCGACAGCUGUUCCCGGCGGCUGGCGACGCUCGGUCCUCCUCGUCCGGGUCCUCGCCGGACCGGACUGCCGGCGCGCCGCUGCGCAUGAGCCCCUCCUCGCCGCCGCCGCCGUACUCAGCUCCGUCUGAUGCACGUAUUCUGCCGACCGGGCUGGCUGCUGAGCGACACUUUACUCCGGUCACAGGACCGGCCGCAGGAGGCACCGGCGGCUUCCGACGCUCCUACAGCCUGCCGAGACACGGCGAUCAGCGGCCACCUAUCGGCAGUAUCUCGAGAUAUCAGUUCCAGGGCCGGCCGGCCGGGGCGCUGCCCUCGCCGGCGCCGGCUGCCAGCCCGUUUCAGCGGACGCGUUCCCUGAUGGCCCGGCUGCCCAGCGGCUCUGAGCGGCCGAAGGCGGCGGCUGGUGUCUCGAACCCGACCCCCGCUCAGUCUCCACCCUCAUCGCGGGUUGAGACCACCAUCUGAGCCGGGGGAGCGGGGAUCAAGCUGUCAGCCGGUGACAAUACAAAUGACACGAUAAGCUGUGAAGAGAUCGACACCAGACGGCAGGCAGCAGCUGUCACGUUCAAUAAACAGGAGUAAUUUUGUUUGCUUCGUGCUUUUUAUUCGUUAUUGGCAGCUUUAGAUGUUUUAUGAUGUUUUUAGGGUGUUUGAUUACUGCAAACGCUUAUAAUGACCCAUACCUGUUUGAGUUUUGUUACGGUAAAGCAUGAUGAGUCAUGAGCUUUCCUUUAUGUCGGUGUUCAUCCAUAUGUCGCCCAGUCCAAGAAGGCUGGACACCUGGUCCUGCGGUGAAUCCUGCGAUACCUGCGAAUCGUGCUCGGACUUUGUGGGGCAUGUACGAAGGUGUACCUACUCGCAUAACGCAUUUGCUUGCUUGUCUUAGGUCCCAAUUUCAGAAAAUACAUUGCUGAUAUACCGAU